GAUACGUCACUCACAUUUGCCUUUGUUGACACAAAGUAGGAAGUAGUGAUAAGUUCUAACGUGAUUUUGUCGAUUUUGUUUUGUAAACAACAUGUAGCCUAGUCAUAUUUUCAUUUGAAUUACUUGCCGGGUUGAAAAGGACAGCGGCAACAACGUGGACUUUGCGCGUGCACUUUCAGUUUAUGUCUACUCCACAAAUCAUAACUCAUGGAAGCAUUCAAUUCGUCGUCCAGGACAGUGGGUAACGCUUUAUCCCAUACGCUAUAACUUAAGCUGUAAUUCGUUUACACUCGAGACAUUGUCUACUAUCUACUUCCUCAAAAGGUCUACAACCGUAGGCUAUUUUGGAGUUAAACCUUUUGGAGUAAAGUUGCUGCGAUGUCUGGCCAGAAGGUGGCAGAGGCGUUGGAGGAGUGUUGCAGGUGCGUGACAGAAGAACUUGCCGAGGGGAGCAUGGAAGAGGCCGAGCGAGAGUUCACAGCAUGCAAUGAGGCCCUGUCGGAGGAGCUGGUCGUUCUUCUGCGGGACGCUGCGGAGAUGAAGUGGCCCUUUGUGCCGGAGAAGUGGCAGUACAAGAACGCCCUGACGUCAGAGGACAAAGUCAACCUCAAGGACCUCAUCAGUGGAAACCUUCCCCACCUUUUGGCGUACCUAAAGGCAGCCAUCUUGGCGGGCCGGCCUCUCUGGGCGUCCUCCGCCAUCUUCCUGGUGGACCGCUUCCUGUACUGGACGGACGACUCUCGGCAGCUGCUGCGGAUAACCAGGAAGUUGCACCGGCGCUACGCAGACACGCCCAUCGCCCCGCAGGUGGUCAUCAGGCAAGCCCGCGUCUACUUCAGCACAGGCAAACUACAGAAGGCAGAGUACAUCCUUGGGAGCCUAAUAAGCAACAGUGGCUCAACUGGAUGCUGGAAGUAUCAGACAGACAGUGACCGGAUUCUCGUACAGGCCGUGAGUGUCCAGGUUCGCGGCCAAGUUCUGCAGAAGCUGGGACUUUGGUUUGAGGCUGCAGAACUGAUCUGUGCUUCAUUGGUUGGAUUUUAUUCUCUACCUCAACCUGAUAAAAAGGGAAUUGGAACAUCACUGGGCAUACUAGCAAACAUACUGGUGUCAAUGGAUGACAAGGACUUCAAGAGGCUGCUUGCAAGUGAAGACAGACACAUGUCAUUUUUCAGAAACACCCAGCACAGAUUGCUUUCUGCAGCAGAGUCGGCUAAAAUGGCAGUGAUCUAUAGCCAGUACGCCUCACUGUAUGUGCUGACGAAUGAGGUUGUGCAAGGGACCUGUCUCCUGUCCUACAGUUUCUCAGCAGAGUGUCCUCAAUCAGGGAAAACGGCUUUCCUGGCCCAAGCUAAAGAGGCCUUUGAAAUCGGCCUACUGACAAAAACAGCAGAGGAUGUUGUGACCAGCAAGCAGGAGCUGCACACAUUCGUGAAAACAGCCUACGCCUUAGCUAUCACCCACAAGUGGCUUGGAAGUCCUAAUAGCCCAGUGAAUGAAGCCAUAGAAGCAUGCCAGGCAGCGUCGAAAGCCUAUUAUGACUACUGUUUCGAGGAGAACGCAGACAGGGACAGGCUUUGCAGAGACAUCAUGGGGCUCGUGCAGAAGGUGAAAUCACUGCUGAAGGUGGAACCGUUUGUGAACUCCGACCCUGGGUCCUUCAUUCCAGACGCCUACAAGGCCACAGCAAACACAGCGGUCGUCUUUACAAAAGACGACUUCACAAAAGUCAUGGAGAAAUUCCAGCAGCAUCACGAGUCUGUGCGCGAGGCCUCCAAAGCAGACCAAAGCCGCCGUUGCCAUGACGACGUAGAUGGGUGUGAUAAAGGCACGUCCACACCAGGACUGUGUGUCACGGCUUUUGGGACAGACACGAAGAUGCCUAACACUGAGUGUGCCACGGAGAGCCACGUGCCAGUGGCACCUUGCGGCACCGGACAGGGAGGGAAGAAGAAAUGUGUCACGCCAAGUGUGUCAUCACCAAGACAGCAUCAUGCUGAUUUACCUAGUAACAAUGACACCACUCAAAUAGACACCUCAGACGGAGACGAUCAGGUACACUUUGGUGCCAAUAGGAAGGGAAAGUCUUCCUCAAAUUCUCUUGGCAGUAGUUUGGGGUCUUCUUGGGGCGUUGUGACAAGCAGCAGCAGAAGCAGAAGCAGCAACCAAAUGUCAAAUAUGCCAUCUUUUGCAGGGGACAUAAAUUGUCCCACAGAGUGUGACACUGAGGAUGAGGUAGAUUCUCUGGCACUGGGUUUGUCUGCAGCAUCCAUGGUGGUCAUCAAAGGCAAAGACGUUGGAGACAAUGUACUAGAUAUAAGUCAUCCAACACAGCAGCCUCCCCGUAUCCAAACUGGAAAAGAGGGAAACAGAAGUCAUCGUAUACAGUCAUCCAAACUGCAUAGUCCCAGUAGGGCUAUUGAUCUCAGCCAUACAGAGACAGAAGAGGAUGCAUCUGAUAUGCAGGGAAUGCAGAGCCCUAUGAUCAAAGUUACCUCCCAGGGCAAUGAACAGAGGUCCAAGUCUAGUUCAUUGAGCAGUAGUGUUGGGUCUCAGUCAUCUUGGCAAGUAAUACCAUCGUUGGAAUCGCAGUCAUCUAUUGACGAUGGCCGUUCUGUUGUAAGAGGCAAUCAAGUUUUCACAAAGGCAACCAAUGGAAACUCCCCAGCCCACAUCAGUUCAUCUGGGCAAAGAGGAACACAAAGCAAUCCCAUCUCUGAAUCAUGCGUAGAGACAGUAGAUGACAGCCCAGAUGUAUUGAAUUUGAGCCAGGGUGUUAAAGUGCCCAUCCAGGGUAACAAGGGGUGGACGUCUUCCAGUUCUCUGGGCAGUAGCUUUGGAUCCCUCUCACCAUUGCCAGAGGCAUCCUCUGCUGCUCGUAAGGGCAAUAAAGAGGUUGUUGGAGAUGAAACUGAAGAUGAUCCAGAUAACCCAAGCCUUAGCCCUAUUGCAGUGGGUCUUCCCGGCAGCCAGGAAAGGCCUCUUAGCAGUUCAUUAGGCAGCAGUUUCGGGUCAUCGUCAUCCUGGCAAAAAAUACCUUCACUUGAUGCCUUAUCGUCUCGUAGCGGUGGUGGUCAGACAGCAGCGAGAAACAUCCUGCCAACAAACCAUGAACAAGAAGACAAACGUCCCAGAGGACAUCUUGGGGAUAUCCGUGGACCUACCAAACCAACCUUCCCCUCUGAAACGCUGGAAACUGAGCCUGAUCAAAGUGGUCUCCAGAUGAACGUAGGAGUCAACAGUGCAGCGACAGGGCCAAAUAUCAUCAAAAGUGCCACUGAGCCAAAGAAUGGAAGUUCAUCUACAAACCUUUCGUGUCCUGAGGGGACUACAUGUAACGGUUGUUUCCCUUCAUAUCUGUCUGAGUUGGACGCACUGGGCGAUAUUCUAACACGGCAGGAUUACAGUGCCCUAUUCUCUGGAGUUUGCCAUGAAUGCCUGAUGAAGAGACUUCCAAUGAAAAAAAAUCCAUCUUUACCUGAAAACAAAGCCUAUGGGGCAGUCCUGCUGAAGUUUUCGAAGGCCACUGGGUUGUGGACUGGCCGUGAGACAAACCUAUACAUUGGGAAAUAUCUACAUAAAGGUGCACAACGCAAAGCAUUUUGUGUUCAAUUUCUCCACCAGGAGGAACUGCUGGGCAGUUAUGUGGGGAAGCAGUAUCACAAAUUCGAGGCAGCUGUCCAGGACCACCUGAAUGACGUGGAGAGGCAGAUGACCGCCCAGUACUACGUGACGGAGUUCAACAAGAGACUCUACGAGAAGAACAUCAUAGCCCAGAUAUUCUUCAUCCCCUCCGAGGUGCUGCUGAUCUUAGAGCAAGACACGAUUGUUGGGUGUGUAACAGCUGAGCCAUACAUCAUGGGCAAUUUUGGCAAGCUCACCAACAACACGAGCACUGUCAAGGAAACUGAAGCUUUACAAUACGGCAUCGCUUUCGGGCACUUUACCUUCGAAUACUCCGGCGGAGAGGAGGUUGUUGUGGAUCUCCAGGGCUGGGUGACAGAGAAAGGUGACGGACUGACCUACCUCACGGACCCACAGAUCCACACACUGAAGAAGCCCUACCACUCAAAGUCGAACUUCCACCAGAGAGGUAUCGACCUCUUCCUGGAGGCGCAGCACGGCCCAGAAUGUAACAGUAUCUGUAGAAAGCUCUGUCUGGGGAAACUGCAGAUGCCCAAGGUUGCAGCUUAGACGGUGCCUAUGCCGAGAUAGCUUGUGGUAUUUCAUAGCAAGGGUGCUACAGUAUUUGUAAGGGAGGAUUUCCCCCUUCUGGUUUUGAUAUCUCCAGUUCUUCUACUUCUUUUUUGCAAUUCCAUUGAUAUUGUAACUCCAUUGAUGGUAACUCCAUUACCCACCCCCCCCUAUUUUUUUCUACAAAUCUUACCCUGUUAAUGUCUAUACCAGACAUGAUCAACUGGCGGACCCAGGUCCGGAUGCGGACCCAAACGCAAUGUCAUCCGGACCAAGACAAAAUCCAUCUGUAUUUAAUAUGUAUAAAUUAUACAUGAGAUUUCGCUGCCAUGCGAUCUAUAGGUGUAUUUCGCCAGUCUUAUGACAAAUAAAAGUAUCAUCACUAUGACAACUCAGUGAGUGAGCAAGAGGCCAGUGUGGCCAGCGAGUGAGGCUAUUUUCUGCAUCGGUCCGUAGCGACUUUUUUGGACCCUGGAAACAUACGAAAUUUGGCGAGUGGACCUUUGCAGUUUCUAGUUGAGCACCCCUGGUCUAUACUUUAGGGCAAAGUAGGGACCAACUCUAAGUAAUUUUUAAUUGUCAGCUUCAAAUAAGAUUUACAAAAUCCGUUCAGCCAGCGAUUAAUCAACUUUUUAAAGCAUUUCUGAAUUUCAGAGCAGUCCCGUUGGCUGUAAGGUAUUCCACUCCAUGGGCUGUAUCUGCACCGAAGUUUGGAGAAGCAGGCUGGCUGUCUGUUCUCUGUUGUUGACCAGCUGACCAGAGUGGUGCUGGUGCCCGCUCCUGCACCAGCUAUUAGGAACCAAAGAGCUCACCUGCCAACCACCUGUUUUCAUACUGGGUUGUGCACUUUGCCAUGUGACCAUGGCCGGAUGAACCGGCUGACGUCUAGAUAGUCGUCAUAGAUUGCAGAGAAAAACCCACUAUUUUUCAGCUCGCAUCGGAAAUCAACUUUCUGGUCCCUGAGCGCUCAGAUUUUCAGUGUGAACACAUCAGCCAGUUCAAGAUUAGGUGCGGGAACAGGCACUGGCAUGGUUCUCUAUCAGCCUGAACACGCUAUUGAAGAGACAGUCCAACUUCCAUGUCAAAAAUGUAACAUAUCCAUCUACAAUCUUUACUCUUUGGUUGACUCUCAGUAUAUGUGAUAUUGGGAUUUAAAAAGGUAUUGAAAUUAUAGAUUUGCAGUGAGCCAUAUAGCUCAUCGUCAAGAAAAUUAGACAAGAGAAGUAAGAUUUUACGCUUUGGCCAAAGGGAGAGGAAAGUCGGCACACUUUUCAGAGAACAAGCUCUGCCUCUUAGCAAACCAAUCUUGACUCUUUCUUGGUCCAGCAAAAGCAGGAGUUUUUAUUUCAUAGUUCACAUCAUAGUGGACAGUUGCAAAACACAUCACUUCCUAUUUCUAACAUGUGUUGUCUGGUUUCAAGAUCCUCAAAGUAAUUUGUAUCUCAAAUUUUCAGUUAAGCCAGCAUUCUGAGAGGUCUCCAUCUGAGCUGAACUAUAAUUGAACUUCCUUCUGAACUUGUGAUUUUAACAGAGCUGCACAAAAGACAUUUCUUACUGAUGAUAACAAUUUGAAAAGCAAAGAUUUAUCAUGAUUCUUACACUCAUGGUUAUUGAUGCUUCAUUGUUCUUUGCACUUUUGCUUUACAUGAUUCCACUUACCAACUGCUACGUGUAUGUGGCUAAAGGCUAGAAUUAAAUUAUGGUUGAAUAGUUGUUAGUAGUUGUUUUCCCUAUGAUGUGAUAUGAUUUAUUUUUCAUAAUUUGUACAUAAUAUUUUUAACAAUGUGCAGGCCUACUUGAUUAAAAAAAAAACAGCAAGUACCAUGUUGAGCUUAAUAAGUGAAAUGUUGUGCAGGCAAUCUUUGGGAAAGAUUUAUUUCAAUGUGAACAUUGGUGAGGAGAAUGACCUGCUGUACAAUGUUUACACAAUUACCUUUUCGAGGUUAAAUUCUAAAUAAAAAAAUAAAAUAAAAUGGUUGGA